AUGUAUAAACUUUUCAGAUUUUAUUUAACUUCCUGGAUUCUUAUUAUAUGCAUUAUUCAUGUCUGCCCUCCGUUUUAUAUUUUACAGCAUCCAAAAAGAAGGGAGGACCGUUGUUUUGUGACAUACAAACCUCCACCACAAAGUGAUGAUCCUGCAUUGGAGGAAGAGUUCCUUGAUCGGGCUAAUUUUAUUGCAGAUGAUUUGGAUUGGCUUCUAUCCUUGCCUCAUGAUAAGUUUUGGUGCCAGAUUAUCUUUGACGAAACCUUACAGAACUGCUUGGAGUCUUAUUUGCGUUUUUCUCCCAGAAAUUUUGAUGAGCGGAGUCCUUCAAAACCUGCAGUGAUGGAUGUACAGAAUCGCAUUCACCAUUCUGUUUUCCUCACCUUCCUAAGAAUGUCUACCUACAAGGAAUCCAAGGAUAAUUUUUUCACUCCUUCUGCAUUUGGUGAGCUCAUCUAUAACAAUUUUCUGUUUGAUGUUCCGAAGAUUCUAGACCUCUGUGUUUUGUAUGGGAAAGGGAACAGUCUGCUUCUACAGAAGAUGAUUGGAAACAUAUUCACACAGCAGCCAAGUUACUACAAUGACCUUAAUGAAACAGUGCCCACAAUUCUCCAGGUUCUUGACACCAUUUUGAAUAAAUUUGGCCUGUGUACUGAAAAUGCUACAGAAGUACCUCAGAAACUAGGAUCGAGGCCCAGAAUGUCACUCAACAGCAUCUCUGAACAGGAACUGCAGGACAUGCUGUUUUACCUGUGUGACACGUCUACUACACUAUUUGCUUUUCUGGAUGUCUUUCCCAAUGCAAGCAACACAUUGCAGAAGCAUGACUUCCUACUCAGACUUGCUUCUUUUUAUGAACUUGCAGUUCCAGAGCUUGAAAAUACAUUAAAGAAGAGAAAGUUUGAGGACAAAAGCCUGCAGCAUGAUUUGUGGAAAAGACUCUCUCAUUCCAAGAAAAAAAUUAUUGAAAUUUCACACAUCAUCAUCAACUACACUUGCCUACAGCCAAUUUUGGAGAACAGCUCAGAAAAAAUUCAAACCUUCGUAGAGGACUUCCUACAGACUUUCACAGCUUUGCUUCAUGAAAAGAGGUUCCUAGUGAAUUAUGAUGAGCUGUUUCCUAUUGUGGAGGAUAUCAGUUUACUGCAGCAGGCAUCUCCUGUCCUAGAUGAAACCAGGACAUCCUAUAUUAUUCAUGCAGUGGAGAGUGCAUGGCAGAUGGUAGGCAAAAGGAAAGCCAGUGCACUUCCUGCAAAGACUAAACAAUAUACACAAUCUGUCAAUAAAGCUGAAGCCAACAAACAAACUGAAGCAGCAGUCCAGGAGCAAUAUCAGACCGAGGUGGACAACGAAUGUCUCGGAGCUACUGCAGCCUGUGUGACUGGGGUGGAGCUAGACUCACUGAUAUCCCAAGUAAAAGACCUCCUUCCUGAACUGGGAGAAGGCUUUAUACUGGCAUGUCUGGAAGAGUAUAACUACAGCACGGAGCAAGUUAUCAACAAUAUACUAGAAGAUAGGCUUGCACCAUCACUGCAAACACUGGACCGGUCACUGCCAAGGCAAGUGAAAGAAGAGAAGCCAUCCCCGUUGUCCAGGAGAUGUAAUGUAUAUGAUGGAGAUGAAUUUGAUGUGUUCAGUAGAGACACAGUAGACACAUCCCGAAUCUGGAAAGGACGCAAGAAAGGUGAGGAUGCAAAAAGCUUGUUGAAUGAUAAGAGCCACAUUUCACAGCUAAAGGGUCGCUAUGAGCAGUACAGUAUAGUGGUGGAAGAGGUGCCUGUGCAACCAGAGGAGGAAGGUGGAUCACGAUUUUACAGAGAUGAUUAUGAAGAUGAGUAUGAUGACACAUAUGACUCCAACCAAGUGGGAGCCAAUGAUGCUGACUCAGAUGAUGAGUUGAUUAGCAGACGCCCCUUUACUAUUCCUUUGGUGCUGAGAAAUGGAGAGCGAGAUGUAAGGCAAGAUGAAGAUGAGGAAGAGGAAGAAGUCGAUGAGCAAACUAAAAAGGAGGAUGGACUAAGGAGGGAUUACUUUGUCCAAGACCCAGCAGUGCUGAGGGAAAGAGCAGAGGCCCGACGGGCAGCUCAGUAUGCCAGAAAAGGGCACAGGUUUGAUAACUCAUCUGUAGUGGGAAAUACGAAAGGACAAGGGCAGAGCAAAGAGACCUUGCUAGAACGGCGGAGGAAAGAGGCCAAUAAGUCAUUACGAGGAAAUCACAACCGGAGAACCAUGGCAGAUAGGAAGAGAAACAAAGGAAUGAUUCCAUCAUAAGAGAAAAGUUCUUGAAUUUCAUCUCUGGUGCCUAGGAUCACUGAUCUAAGACAAGUGGACAGAGAAAUAACGUUCUGUAGUUUCAGAGAAAAUGGACCUCCUGCGUCUUUAUUAUAGAUUGGUGUUAAACAACAGUACUUGAUUGCACAGGUCUGCAAUUGUAAGAUACAUGACAAGGCAAUACUAAACUGUUUUGUUGAAAGAGAAGAAUAACAAGUUGUACAGCUCUAUGCAAAAUAAAUAUAAUUUUUAUGUUAUCUUUAAAAUGUUAAAAAAAGCACUUGUACGCAUUAAUUUCAAUAAUGUAAUGCAUUCGUACUUCUGUGAACAGACCAAGUUUUUGUCUAUUUGAGUUGUAAGCCCUUGCCGAAGAAUUUUUAGACAAAGCUCAAACCCCUUUAUGUUCUCAUAAAAGUUGAAUUGAAUACUUCAUAAUAAAGGGUUUUUAAAUGCA